UUUGUGAUUUCCUCUUACUAGGUUGUUGCAGAGAAGAUGGUGCAAACCUUAAUGGAAAGAAAUUCAGAAUUACAGGCCCUGUGCCAGUUAUUUGGAAGGGAGAGACUCCAUGAUGUCCCAAGCACCCGUCUCUAACCAACGAGCUGAAGUUCCCUCCAUUGGCCCUCCUCUUGGAGAACAGACUGAUCAAGGUUCAGUGCAGAUACCUUCCAUAGAUGAUAGUACUUCAUUGACUGCCAAAGAAGAUGCCAGCAUACCCAGAUCCACAUUAGGAGACUUGAACACAGUGGCAGGGCUGGAAAAAGAACUGAGUAAUGCCAAAGAGGAACUUGAACUCAUGGCUAAAAAAGAAAGAGUAAGUCAGUUGGAACUUUCUGCUCUACAGUCCAUGAUGGCUGUGCAGGAAGAAGAGCUGCAGGUGCAAGAGGAAGAGCUGCAGGACCUGCAAAUACAACUGAUUAUCCUGAAGACAUACCAGCUGUGGAACGCCUGACCCAGGAAGUAUUACUUCUUUGGGAAAAAGUUGCUUCAGUAGAAUCCCAGGGUCAAGAAAUACCAGAAAACCAAAGACAACAGGUAAGUU